CAGUGUGAUAGGCAGUUGUUUGGACAUGUUAAUUAAUGUUGCCACCCUGCCCAGUAGGAUCCCACACAGGCAGAAGGCAGCGCCAUAGAGGUAGAUAGAGGACUCAUAUUUACAUCUGUGCUGCUAUAGCAUCUGUGACAGCAUGGGCAGCGCCAUUGAGACUACAACACAUAGGAAUUCCCACCAACUUGACUACUUUAAAAUGGCUGCAGCAUGGUGAAAGCCCUCAAUGGCAGUGCCCAUGGCAAAAUAGCUUUUAGGCCACUAGAGGCCUCUAUCAUUCUCCAUGGGCUGGUCGCAGCUCCUGUGCCUGUGUGAGCUUGCCGGAAAAUAUGCUGUUGCCACUCCUUGAGAUAAUUAUGGGAAGUCUUUUUUGCUUAUCAGUCCUGCGGUUGAUCACAUGCAGCCUACAAAACGUUUUUGACACCGUAGGGACAUGAUCGUCUGAUUCAUCAGCCGACACUGAAAAGGAAGGAACUGGAGGAAAAGUUCACGUACCGCAAACACAAGACAACAGGCGCUGAAGAAUCAAACUGAAGGAUCACAAACAGGAUUGUCUGGAAUAUCUGGAUGGUUCUAUUCCUAGUACCCUGCCUCCAUUCUAGAAUCCUGCCUCAUUCUAGAACCCUCCCACUCCCAUGCUGUACUGCAGGUGAACCCCAUCCAGGACCCAGAGGAUGAGACGUAUCAAGGCCCUCGUCGUCAUGGCCUUCCUGUGCAGCCUCUGCCUCAUCUUCUUGUACUCCUCACUCAACCUCCAUCUGGCCCACAGACACAGAGCUCUACUGGAAGUCUCAGCCAACCCCAGGUCCGAGAUCAGCUUUGAAACACUGUCCACCAAGCCGGUCCCAAAUUACCUCAGACUGACCCUUACCAAGGACAGUACAAAAAGUGUCCCUAUUCAGGUCACUGUUACACCUACUCCUGAUCUCCACCAAUCUGCUGUCUUUGCUGCCCUCAAGAAGGCUAUACCUCAGAACACAGCCUAUUGGAACCGUGUUUUUUACUCUGGCAUCAGAGGACUGGACAAGGGGAGGAACUCAACAAGACCGGAGGCACUGGACUGGUCCCAUUGCCGACACGACUCCGAGCAGCUGCGGACAAACAUUCAUGACUUUACUUCCUAUCCAGAACUCCACCAGGACUUCCUGCUUGGGAUGGAGUGUAGAAACCCUCCUAUCCUGAUUGACCAACCAGAGAAGUGCACCUCGGAAGACGGCGCAACCUUCCUCCUCCUCGCCAUCAAGUCGACCCCGAGGAACUUUGAGCAGAGACAGGCGGUACGGGAGACGUGGGGGCGAGAAGCGCUGUAUGGAAGAGGGGUCAGAGUUCGUACAGUGUUCCUGCUGGGAUCCUCGUCAUUGGACGAGCCCGACCUGAGCCAGCUACUGGUGCUUGAGGCGCGUCACCACGGCGACCUCCUCCAAUGGGACUUCCACGACUCGUUCUUCAACCUCACGCUAAAGGAGCAGGUGUUCUACAGGUGGGUCCUGAGCCGCUGUCCUAAAGUCUCCUUUGUCUUUAAAGGGGACGACGACGUCUUCGCCAACACGGAGGCCAUACUGGGCUACCUGCAGUCCCUGGAGCCUAACAAGAACUCAACGCUCUACCUGGGCCAGAUCAUCUCCGCUGCUAGUCCCCUCCGCGACUCUAAGAGCAAGUACUACAUCCCCCCGACCUUCUACGAUGGGCCUUACCCUGCGUACGCCGGGGGAGGAGGCUACCUCUUCUCGGGGUCGUUGAUCCGACCGCUUUACGGCGUCUCCAAGUUCCUCCCUUUCUACCCCAUCGACGACGUUUACUCUGGGAUGUGCUUCAACGCACUGGGAAUACUUCCAGAGGCACACGAUGGCUUCCAGACGUUUGACAUUCGCGAGCAGGACCGGGAGAACCCGUGCGUCCAUAAGGAUCUGCUGCUGGUGCACCGGCGGAGCCCUCAACAGAUCAUUAGACUGUGGCGGAGCAUACACAACCCCGUGCUCAUAUGUUGACCCCCCCCCCCCCCC